CGCGCAGAGGGCGUCAUCUCCACUCCACCCCAGACACUUGCCGGGAUGGCUCUCCGAAUCAGACGCUUGGAAACCGGCCUGAUCCUAAUGAGCGCAAUUCAUGCAAUGCCGUCUACUGGCCACUACCCUCUGGAUCCACCCGCGCUAUUUGCAGAUAUGCCCUACAGCCAGCCUAUGCCGCCCCAUAGACACGCUCGCGAUGCGUCAAUCCAGCCUGCAAAAGACGUGAACUGCUCGUUCCCCGAGUGCCCACUUGGCGCGUCUGGCUGCUUCUGCUGGAACGAGCAGUGUGUGCGUCUUGAGGCGGGCACCCGACGACUUUUGCGUAACAGCAAUGGCCCUCGACCAAGGGGGGUUGGUGGACCGGAGCUGUGCUGCGCUUUGGCUCCAUCCCACUCGCGCCAUGUUCCAAGUCCCGGGCGGUGUUUCGACGCGUAG